AUGCCCUUUAGAGUGGUCAAUGCGACAACUAUCUUUAUGGAUUAUAUUUACCGUAUCUUCCGAUCAUUCUUAGACAAUUUUAUGGUGAUCUUUAUUGAUGGCAUCUUGAUCUAUUCCAAGAGUCGGGAGGAACAUCUUUAUCAAGUUUUGCAAGUACUGAAGGAGCAACAACUAUAUGCCAAUCUAGGAAAAUGUGAAUUUUGUUUGGAAGAAGCGAAGUUCUUGAGACAUGUAAUUUCUAAGGAAAAGAUCAUUGUCAACUCAUCCAAGGUAGAAGCCUUGAUAGAAUGGAAACAACCACAUGCAAUCACAAAGAUUAGAAGUUUUUUGGGCUUUGUCAGAUACUGUAUGAGAUUUAUUAAGGGAUUUGCCAGAAUUGCUACUUCUAUGAAAUGCCUUAUGAAGAAGAACUAG